AUGGGGGUUGUGGUCAAUUACAAAAAGGAGAAGGAAACAACUGUCUGUUGCAAACACUGGCCUGUGACACAUGAUUUGCCCAGAGGAAAAGCCGUAUUCGAACAGAAAAUGAGGAAGCAUGGAUGGCAACUUCCUUACCAUCCACUCCAGGUGGUGGCUGUUGCUGUAUUUCUGGCGUUGGCCUUUGCUUUCUAUGUGUUCUUUGCUCCUUUUGUUGGAAAGAGGAUUUUUCAGUAUGUUGUGAUGGGCCUCUACACUCCUCUUAUUACAUGUGUCUUCGGCCUAUAUAUUUGGUGUGCAGCUGCUGAUCCUGCAGACCCAGGGGUUUUUAGGUCAAAGAAAUAUCUCAACAUUCCUGCCGAUGAAAAGCGUAAUAGAACAAAAGAUUCUAAACUAUGUGGGGAGUCAACAUCAUCAAUGCAUGAUGCUAAUGCUGUAACAGUUGGAGGAAAACCUCUGGAUAAGGAUGUUUUGGGCAAAGACGCGACUUCCAAAAUGUCCACCAGUGAAGGUGGAACAAAGAAUGAAUCAGAACAUUCAUCAUGCUUCCUGUUGGCUUGCUCUCCGUGUGCAUAUAUCUACAAUUGCUCCAGUUCGAGUGAGGAAUCUUCUGUACAACAAAUGAGUGAAGAAGGCAUGUUCUAUUGCAGUUUGUGUGAAGUUGAGGUUUUCAAGUACAGCAAACACUGCAGAGUUUGUGACAAAUGUGUUGACCGGUUUGAUCAUCACUGCCGGUGGCUUAACAACUGUAUUGGAAAAAGGAAUUACCGACAAUUUUUCACGCUUAUGGUUACUUCUCUCCUCUUGCUUAUUUUACAAUGGUCAACUGGAAUCUUCGUGCUUAUCUGCUGUAUUGUUGAGAGGAAGCAGUUCUCUGUGGAUAUUUCUUCCAAGUUGGGGAGCAGUUUCUCUUUGGCACCUUUCAUUAUUGUGGUGGCGGUGUGUACCCUUUUGGCUAUGAUUGCAACCUUGCCACUUGCACAACUUUUCUUUUUUCACAUCCUCCUUAUAAAGAAGGGAAUCAGCACGUAUGAUUACAUCAUUGCUUUGAGGGAGCAGGAGCAAGAGCAACAAGGAGUUGGAGGUCAGCAUAGUCCCCAAAUGUCUCCUGCUAGCUCACUUACCGGAUUAAGCAGUGCAAGCUCCUUUACUACUUUCCACCGAGGUGCAUGGUGUACACCUCCACGUCUGUUCCUUGAAGAUCAGUUUGAUGUUGUGCCCCCAGAGACUGGAUCUGUCAGUUCAUAUGGAAGAAAGAUGGUGGGAGAGGAACCAGUUAAGAAGAAGAAUACAGCAGUAAAGAUCAGUCCGUGGACUCUGGCAAGAUUAAAUGCUGAAGAGGUAUCAAAAGCUGCGGCAGAGGCAAGAAAGAAGUCGAAGAUCCUGCAGCCCGUGAGACGUGAUGCUCCUUUUGGGCUAGAAAGAGACAGCAGCUUUGGCAGCAGUGGCCGCCGAAUGGUUCCAAGGCCUGACAAUAAUCGAAGGCGAACUACGAAGCGGGUGCGCCUCCCGGCCGACCUUCCCAUGGAUGCUUUGACAAAGGGUUCGGCUAAAGCUGUUGACAAAGGCUUUACUGAGACAUCAACUAGUUUGGCCCCUCUUCAGCUUGAAGCUCGGAGUGCUUUCCAAACAAGCCGAGCAAUGUCAAGCUCCACAGGGAUUGUUGCUUCUUCUCCUGAUAGCAGUUUAGACUCACCUGACAUCCAUCCCUUCCGGGUGUCCUCAUCAGGAGCUGAAGAGGCAAGGCGGCUCACGGGUCUGCCUGCUGCUGUUGCAGCUGGUCAGAAGGGAAUGCCACUGUCAAGGUCAACCAGUGAUGGGUAUGACGCAUCUGGUGGAGAAGAUAGUGAUAGAGUGCCUUCUAGAAUCGUCCAAAGGUCAACAAACUGGAGUAACCUUCUCUUUGGCUCUGAUCAAGAUGAACGGAUUGGCAAACUGAAAGCAUCAUCCUCUAGCCUGGCUAACACUAGAAUGCUGUGA